ACUUAUACUACCAAAUUAAGAACUAAUGAAACAUCAAAUUAUUCAAAUUAUCGUUCCCGACAUGGACCAAACCAUGAUUUUGAGUGGAUGAACGAUUCUGUAGCGUCUGGUAGUUUACCGAUUUCAAAUUCAAAAAUAAUAUCUAAGCAUUCUGAACCAAAUAAAACUAAUGAAACAUCAAAUUAUUCAAAUGAUCGUUCCCAACAUGGAUCAAACUAUGUUUCUGACUGGCUGAACGAUUCUGUAGGGUCUGGUUGUUCACCGACAUCAAAUUCAAAAAUAAUAUCUAAGCAUUCUGAACCAAAUAAAACUAAUGAAACAUCAAAUUAUUCAAAUUAUCGUUCCCGACAUGGACCAAACCAUGAUUUUGAGUGGAUGAACGAUUCUGUAGCGUCUGGUAGUUUACCGAUUUCAAAUUCAAAAAUACCAUCUAAAACAAAUAGAAUCAAAUGUGGAGGUAGAGGAAUGGCCAUUCAAGAACUAGCUUUAUCUAUGGGUAUAACAUGCAGUAUAAGAAAAUCAAAUUUGAGCUUCUCAAAUUCAAAAAUAGAAAGUCAUUUCAAAAAUCUUAAAGAAAAUUUACAAAAACAAAAGGAAGAAGAAAAUGAAAAGAAAUGGGAAAAUUAUUUUCAUUCAUAUAAGAGCACAUAACAUGUAAUUGGUAAAAUAAAUUUGUAUACAUUUUUUAA